AUGCUCACAAUGGUUGACGACAAAUACAUCGGUUUAGCGCUUGCUAUAACGUCAGCAGUAACUAUUGGCACCAGUUUUGUCAUUACGAAGAAGGGCCUGAUACAGGCAGAGGAGCGACAUGGCUUCGAGGGCGAUGGCUUCGUAUACUUGAAGAAUCCCAUGUGGUGGGCAGGUAUCUUAUUAUUGGGCUCGGGAGAGGUUUUCAACUUUGCAGCAUAUGCCUUUGCGCCAGCCAUUCUUGUCACCCCUCUGGGUGCUCUGAGUGUUCUCGUAGGCGCCGUGCUGGGAUCAUAUUUCUUGAAAGAGGAACUAGGAACUUUGGGGAAACUUGGAAGUGCCAUUUGCCUAAUUGGUGCAGUUGUCAUUGUUCUCCAUGCACCUCCCGACGAAGACAUCAAGACUGUUGAUCAGAUCUUGCAGUACGCUAUCAAGCCAGGAUUCCUUCUCUACGCCGCCUUUGUUGUUGUAUUCGCCGUCAUAAUGAUCUACAGAGUCGCCCCGGUACAUGGCAAGAAGAAUGCACUCGUCUACCUGUCCAUCUGCUCGACUGUAGGAUCCAUUUCCGUCAUGUCGGUCAAGGCUUUCGGCAUUGCUCUCAAACUCACAUUCGCUGGCUCCAAUCAAUUUACGCACCCCUCGACUUAUGUCUUCAUCAUCGUCACGGCUGUUGCGAUUCUGACCCAGAUGAACUACUUCAACAAGGCACUCGCUUCCUUCCCUUCAAACAUCGUCAAUCCCUUGUACUACGUCACCUUCACCACCGCAACCCUGUCAGCAUCGUUCAUCCUCUUCAGUGGUUUCAAUACCACGGACACAGUCAACACUCUGUCUCUGCUUUGCGGCUUCCUCAUAACAUUCGCCGGAGUGUACCUGCUCAAUCUCUCAAGAGGCGAUCCCAAUGGCCAAAGGCUUUCGAGGGGUGGAGAAGACACCACGGGCACAGAUAUGGUCUCUCGAUUGAGUAUGCAGUCGAGGAGAAGUGGUGACCGCCGCCACAGUAUCAGCAGCCAGCAUGGUGAUCGAGACGGCCUGAUACGGGCGUACGAUGAAGAGGAGGCUGCGGGCUUUGGGCUAAAUGAUCUCGCGGAAGACAGCGAGGAGGACCGUCGACCCAGCGGCCAAGCCAAUGGCCAUGCCCGUGGCGGUGCUCGCCGCACCAAUGACAUCGAAUUGAAUAAUCGGCGGUAA